CCAUCUGGCGGCUUCGAGAACGGCAAAUAGGGACUGUCAGCAUCCACGAUGUCUCCUUCUCUUGCAGUCCAGUUAAAAGCCAGUGCUGAUCUGCAUUCACACUCCGGAACAUGAACCUCAGCCGCAAGCUGCUCUCCCUGGCAACCUUCGGCAUCAUACGACCCAAAGCAGUGUCCGCAGAGAACACAACCUCCAAUCCUCUCCCCGGCAUCCAGCAAUUUCCCAUAUCUUCGUAUAGCGGCAACAUGACGCGUCUCGCUCCUGUCCUCUCCAUCUCGCACGGCGGCGGCCCCAUGCCUGUGCUCGGCGACCCUUCGCACGCCGAAAUCACCAAGUCGCUGCAGACAAAAGUACCCAAGAUCCUCAAGCUAGGCACACCAGAAGCGCCGAAAGCUAUUGUACUGGUCACAGCGCACUGGUCAACAGACAAAGUCCACAUAUCGAGUGGUGCGAGACAUGAGCUGCUGUACGACUACUACGGUUUCCCAGACGAGUCAUACAAGAUCAAGCACACCGCGCCCGGCUCACCUGAGGUCGCAGGCGAAGUUGAACGAGUCCUCAGAGAUGCAGGGAUCGAUUGUGUCAAGGAUUUGGAGCCAUGGGACCACGGCGUCUUCAUCCCCAUGAAGCUGAUCGACCCCAAAGCCGGCGUACCAAUCGUCCAAGUCUCCGUGUUAGCCUCCGAAUCGCCUUCUCAAAGCUUCGCAAUCGGCCGCGCCCUCUCCUCUCUGCGUGAGCAGAACAUAGCAAUUAUCGGCUCCGGCUUUGCGACCUUCCACAACCUCCGUCUCAUGUUCUCUGGCAUUUCGUCGACCCCGGACUUCAAGAAGGCGAACAUCGAGUGGAGCGAUGCGGUUAGUGAUGCUGCGACUACAGACGAUGUCAAGGAAAGGGAGGGCAAGUUCAAAGGCUGGAGGAACUGGCCAAAUGCGUAUACUAUGCAUCCACAAGGCGGCGCGGAACAUUUCUUGCCGCUGAUUGUGUGUGCGGGGGCGGGAGCUGAGACACGGGGUAGGAAGUAUGCGGAUGAAUUUAGAGGGCUGGACAUGUGGAGCUAUUACUGGGAUGAGGAGACGCAGAGCGAGAGGCUGUAAGUCUAAGCCACAGCGGGUCAAGACCAGUACACUGCCAUACAACCACCUACGAGUUUGCCAUCAACGUAGUCUCUGCGAUUGACAUGGAAGAGUAAGAAAAUGUUCGUAAUGUCAGAUUGGGGAAGCAGGGUAUACAAGAACGCUACACGAAACCGCCGAUGGCUAAGAACCCUCACCUCCC